CUCCGCUCAUUUCAGUUGCCGGGGGUUGACUAUCGUCAUUCUUCAUGCUCUCUUCACUCUCUCUCUCUCUUCGUGGCGGUGGCCGUGGUGCAGUAGUUUCGCACUCUAGCCUUGUUUCUCCGUUUUCCUUCUUCUGGUCCGUUGCCACGCAGCGCGUCGCGAUGCGCGUGAGGGCGUAGUGAGUGAGGGGUUUUUGUGUAAUGGGAAAGAAGGGGUAGAGUGUGGGUGUGUUCAUGGCCCGGAGGUGGUGGUGGUGGUUGUGGUGGGGAUGGUGUUGAGAGGUUGUUGAUUGAUGGUAGCGUGAUAAGGAGAUGGAGAAGGGCUGCGGCGUAGGCCUUGGUUGGAGAGCGGGGAGCUGGGAGAGGUGGUGAUGAGUGUGCGAGUGGCGGUAGAUACUGAGUGGAAGCUGGACGUUGGUGGUCAUCAUUAAGAUCCAAGUUGGUGGUGGUGGAGAAGGGGGUUGCCCUUGGGGAGGUGGUAGAUAUGGUGUUUGAGUGUAGCGGGGGUAUCUGGUUUUCAAUGUGUGCUGGGGGCGGUGAUGGGGAGUGUUGUGAUGAGGCCAGUGUCGGAGCUGCUCAUGGCGGAAUCGCAGUGCUUUUGUAGCUUGGGGUGCAUUCGGCUUCGUCGGCAUUAGCUGGAAGGUGUAUCGUAGGAGUUGAGGUGUGUGAUGGUUCGGGACAUCCGAGUUCUGGUAGAGGGUUGAGAGACUGGGAGGUUUCAGGAGAACGGGAGGUUUGAGAGCGACGAGGAGUUUAAGGCCUGAGUGGGUAGGAUUCUUAGUUUUGGGGUUGGAGUUAGAGUCUUCUGAAUUCUAACGUGGGGAGAGAAAGAGGGUGAGUGCGAGAGCGAUACAGACAUUGGGGCGUUUACGCGGUUCUUGUUGGCUUCACGAUUUGAGGUUUCUUUUGCGUAGUUGCAUACAAUCUUUACCUAUCAGAAUUUGCCUCCUAAUGUGAGCAGGCGAGCGAACGUUGCCAGCUGUGGUUAUUUAAGGGCUUGUGCACUUGAUUUACGGAAGGUUUAAAGGUAGCCCAAGUUUUUGCAGGGUUCUCUAUCAGAAUUGUCUUUUGAAUUGGAAGAUUUGAGUCUACCUUGAGGAUUUGAGAGCGGGAGAGGUUGCCUGAGAUACGGACAGGCUGCUGAUACGGGAAGCAUACCAUGGGCGGAAGGUUAAAAGAAUCGUGGAACGAGCAAACGAUGGACUCUUCGGGAAAAUAUGUUCGCUACACCAACGAACAGGUGGAAGCCCUGGAGCGGGUGUAUCACGAGUGCCCCAAACCCAGCUCCAUUCGUCGUCACCAGCUUAUCAAAGAGUCGCCUAUCUUGGCGAACAUUGAACCUAAGCAGAUUAAAGUUUGGUUUCAGAAUCGGCGAUGCCGGGAGAAGCAACGCAAGGAAGCAUCAAGGUUGGUUAGCGUCAAUGCGAAACUUACUGCCCUGAACAAGCUUUUAAUGGAGGAAAACGAGCGCCUAGCAAAACAUACGUCGCAGCUUACCCUUGAAAACCAUGCACUUCGGCAGCAGCUACCUGGCCUGCCCUUAACUGACGGAAGGCAUCGUCUCUCCUCUCAGAAUGCUCUGAAAAAAGAAGGGGCAGUCAAUGGUGGCGAUGAGAGCUCUACUCAAGGUGGUAUCUGUGUAAGAAUACAUGGGCAGGCUGGCGUAGCCUCCACAGAUACUAGCUGUGAUUCUGCUGUUACUGGGGGUCUUCCCCAUCGCCUUACUCCGCAACACUCGCCUCGCGACACUAGUCCAGCGGGAUUAUUAGCCAUUGCGGAGGAGACACUGACCGAUUUCCUGGCUAAGGCCACAGGGACGGCAGUAGAUUGGAUUCAGUUACCUGGUAUGAAGCCUGGUCCGGAUGCCAUUGGCAUCAUUGCUAUAUCCCACGGUUGCGUUGGAAUAGCUGCUCGAGCUUGCGGCCUAGUGGCCCUCGAUGCUAGUAAGGUUACUGAAGUUCUCAAAGAUCGUCCAGCUUGGCAACAAGACUGUCGACGGAUGGAGGUUCUUGGGGUUCUCCCCACAGCAAAUGGGGGCACUAUAGAAUUGUUGUAUACCCAGAUGUACGCCCCAACAACUUUGGCCUCUGCGCGUGACUACUGUACUUUAAGAUACACUACGAUUCUGGAGGACGGAAACUUGGUGAUAUGUGAGCGGUCCUUAAUUGGUGGACAGAAUGGACCCCCUAUGCCGCCAGUCCAGUCCUUUGUAAGAGGAGAAAUGUUCCCAAGCGGUUAUCUUAUUCGACCCUCUGAUGGAGGGGGUUGCAUUAUUCACGUUGUAGAUCAUUAUGAUAACGAGCGUUGGAGUGUGCCAGAAGUUCUACGGCCUCUGUAUGAAUCGCCAGCCGUACUCGCGCAGAGGUCCACCAUUGCGGCAUUACGGCAUUUGAGGCGGCUAGCAUCUGAAGAAAGUGGUGAAGGGAAUCCCAGGAACGGACAACAUCCAGUAGUGCUUCGGACAUUGAGCCAGCGCCUCGCCAAAGGUUUCAAAAAUGCUGUCAAUGGAUUUGGAGAUGAUGGCUGGGUUUCGACAGUGAGCGAUGGCCUGGAGGAUGUUAGUGUGAUGCUCAACGCUACUCCUAAAUCAAUGGAGGGCCAGAUUGCAUCUGACAAGCUGCUUUACUCGUUGGGUGGGGGUAUACUUUGUGCAAAAGCCUCCAUGCUAUUACAAAAUGUUUCACCGUCACUGUUAAUCGGAUUCUUAAGAGAGCAUCGGUCAGAAUGGGCGGACUUUGACAUUGAUGCUAAUGUGGCAACAUCCUUUCGGAGUAAUGGCAAUAGCUAUGCUCGAGGUGGUGGGGUGUCCCAUGUUCAGCUACCUUUGCCUUUGGCUCAUUCCGGGGAACAUGGAGAGAUACUGGAGGUUGUAAAACUGGAGGGUCACAGCUCAGUGCAACAUAUGGUUCUUUCACGAGACUCGUUCCUGCUCCAGCUUUGUAGCGGAAUCGACGAGAAUGCAGUUGGAGCCUCUGCACAAUUAAUCUUCGCUCCAGUGGACGUUGCUUUGGCUGAAGAUAUCCCUCUUCUUCCAUCGGGCUUUUGUGUUAGCCCAAUCGACGCAAGCGUUGUGGGCGGGUUUGAUCUUGACCGCACUCUUGAUCUCGCCUCUACUCUUGAAGGAGGCAGCGAUUUGCGCUUGAAUGGGGACACAAAGUCGAAUGGAACCUCCGGCCAGAUGCGGUCUGUUCUUACAAUAGCCUUCCAGUUUGCAUAUGAGGUGCAUACCCGUGAAACUUGUGCAGUUAUGGCUCGUCAAUAUGUGCGCACAGUAGUAGCAUCUGUCCAACGAGUAGCGAUGGCUUUAGCGCCGUCCCGAGCACCUGCUCCGCUCCGCCAAGCGCCUAGUAAUCCAGACGCGAUUUCCUUGGUUCGUCACGUCUUGAGUAGCUACAGGUUGCACUUGGCUCUAGAUCUCACAAGGCCAGAAAAUAGAGGAGAUGAAGCUUUGUUCAAGGCAUUUUGGCAUCACACAGACGCUAUCGUAUGCUGUGCAUGGAAGGGAAUGCCGGAAUUUGUAUUUGCCAAUCGUUCAGGCCUAGAAAUGUUUGAAACCACGACAAGCUCCUUGCAAGAUCUGGAUUGGGAUAAGACUCUCAACGAGAACGAAUGCGAGUUAUCCUAUACCACGUUCACUCAAGUUUUGCAGCAGGAUUACUGCUCCCUUCCAGCAGGAGUACGUAUGUCCAGCACAGGUCGCACCACAACAUACGAGCGAGCCCUUGCAUGGAAAGUCCUAGACGACAACGAAGCGGUGGAGUGUAUUGCCUUCCUAUUCAUCAACUGGUCCUUCGUAACUUAGUCGCAAUCCGAACUGCAAUAUGUAGAAUACUGAAUCCCCUACUUCUAUUCCAGUAUCUGAAUACUGAAGAAUGAGUUUUAAUUUUUCCUCCUAAGGUUUGAUAUGAGAAUAGUUCCCAUGCCAGGCUGCCAAGUGUUGUGUGUCACGAAGAUAUGGCUCUGACUGUUUGUUAAGCACUGCCAGUCCAAGCAAAACUAGUGUUGAAUAUUGAAUUGGAUGUGAGCUGGACACAUUUUUGGUAUGUAUGAAGCUAUCAACACACUUGUGCUCAUGCUUCCUACUUGUGUGAAGCUAAGUCAU